CAAUGAUGGGUACAUUUCUAUUGAUCAAUCUGUCUCAAAGCCGAAUGUGGCCAAAACAUGCAAGCAGUAAUACCUACUCAACCUUCUGUACUCUCUUCUCCGGCUGGCAGGAAUCCGGGUUAUACGGACCCGGGACGACCACACAUCACCCGACCCAAGCGUAAGAUUCAGACUCACCGAAAGUCCCGUCAAGGUUGUCGCAAUUGUAAAUUGAGAAAGGUCAAGUGUGACGAGACCAGGCCCAAAUGUGACAAAUGCGACCGGUACGGUAUCCUAUGCAACUACGAUUUACGAAAUGACGACCUUCAACUAUCCAAGUCGGGUGCUUCGGCGGCGAUUGACCUCACCCUCCUCGACCUGUCCCCAGCAUCGACUUCCAGCGCCGAGGCUCAUCAUCUGGCCAUCGGUGGCGAUAAGAGCGAUGCGUCGUCGCAGUCUUCAAAAAAGUCGAAGACCGAAUGCUACCGCCCCACCUUUGAUGACCUGGAAACUCUCGGUCGCUUCUUCUCGAGGACAAUCCAUACUCUGGGAGCGCGUGAAUUUGCACCGCUAUACUAUGAUGUUUAUACCAGAUUGACAGAAUCGACUCCGUUCUUGUUUCACAUCGUCCUCGCCGUGACCAUGGUCCACGAUUCGAUCCUCAAACAACCAUCGUCACCUUCCGACUUCCAAGCCAUCGCUCGACACUGGUCACUGGGUGCUUCAUUGUUGAACCGAGCCAUAUCCCAACCGAUCUCACAAUUGACCUCCUCGACACGAGAUGCCAUGUGGGCGUGCGCGGGAUUGCUGGGAUGCCUGGCUUUCAGCGUGGUCGACGCGGAGUCGGUGGAAGAGUCGUGGCCCUUGAAACCACCCGAUCCAAGUGACCUGGGUUGGCUCGGGUUUUGCGAGGGAAAGACUGUCAUCUUCAAGGUCUCUGACCCGUUACGAGAAGACAGCCUGUUUGCUCCGAUGAGAGGGGAAAUGGCUCAGUUCAUGAGUUUCGAGACAGACUUGUCGUUUCCGGAGUUACAGAAGGCCUUACCAGUCCAGCUCCUUGAUGUUUGCGAUCUGAACCGAAACCGGGACUCAACCUCGACGGCAUCUUCGAAUCCUUGCCUCGCUUCUGCGUCGUUGAUGGCGCGAUUAAUGCCCCUCGAGUGCACGCAGGAGAACUAUAUCCUCUUCCUGGCAUUCUUUAGGACGAUGGAGGCGGGUUUCAAGCAAUUGCUCGUCGAGAGACACCCCGGGGCUCUGGUGCUGUUGCUGUUUUGGUAUUCAAAGGUCCUUCCCUUUGACGCAUGGUGGCUGCGGAAGAGGGCGAGGCUGGAGUUCGGUUCCAUAUGCACGUACCUGACUCGAGUUCAUGGAGACGACGAAAGGGUGACGACCCUGGUGCGUCAAGUCAAAGAGAAGAAUCGCGGCAUAGAGGGUGGGUGAUUGAGCGAUCAAGCACUGUCAUGCCGGAUGUUGGCGAUUUCAAACCAAACACCAAACCUUGCGUACUAUCCAGGAAGGGAACGCACGCUUUUAUGGGCCGCAGAUCGAGAGUGAUGAGUCUACCAUGGGUUCGGAAUCUUAGUGAUUUGGAGACUCAUGUUGGAAUUGUUUUCCAAAACGCCGGAGCACUCUCACCGGCAGAACCUCCUCAUUCUUCCUCGUCGAUCAGGCAGUACGCCACAAGAGGAUUCCCUAUAGCAGCUCGGUACACGACAAGACAUAUUGACCGACUACAAAAUCAAAACCAAACCACUCGCUUCUCACCUGUGAAGCUGAUGGAAGGGGGCAAGCACUGAGCCGGCGAACUCCUUCGAUAUCUCUUUUUUGGUUGUGACAAUGUCAAGCUACCCGGCCUCGCUGGUACAAAUGGGUGUUUGUUAUUAUUGGCGCGAUCGGCCCUCCCUUUUUUUGUAGAGGCAUGAACAAACACCGCAUCACGGUGGUAACGAGAAUAAACUAAACAUUGGAAGCUGG